AUGUGGUACAUAACGGGGCCGAAGCUGGCACAACGUGCUGCCCGGCAUGCGUGGCAGGGCGAUGGCAAGGAGGAAAAGAUAUCUGAUGCUUAUGCUCGUGCUGGCGACGAGCGCUACCCACUGGAUGUGCAGGAUUUCCUGAAACUUCUGCGGCGGAAGUGCGGCUCCGUGGUUCGUGCAUGGCGGACGGCUUUGGACAAGGACGGUGGCAGUGAGCUGGAGUUUUGCGAAUUCGUGAGUGCUGUUCGCCAAAUGGGUUCGGGUAUUGGACAGAAUGCAAGAAGUCUGUGGUUCAACCUGGAUGUGGACCAGAGUGGCACGCUCAGCCUCUAUGACCUGGACCCAACAGCUGCGCAUGCCCUGGACAAGUUUCGCUACUUGUGCACCAGUCGCUAUGGCUCCAUAAACGCGGCCUUCGAGCAAUUGCUGGAUGUGAAGAGAUCUGGUGUGGUGACGCUGCAGGGCUUCAUUGAUGCCGUCAAGGAGCUAGGCUAUGAACCGGCAGUCGCUGAGGAGCUAUUCAACUGGCUACGUUCGCGGCCGGGUACCCUUGGCUUGCGGAAAGGUGAUCUGGAAUUCCUGCAGAAGUGGGAGAACUCGAAGCGUGACAAGAAACAGAAGGCCGGAACCCUGCAUGUGGGUUGGAUCAACCGUGACCCAUCUGCGGCUGUGGAGUAUCGGAAGAUGGCAGAUCGGCUUGCAGAAAAGCAUGGCCAGCGACGGAACCAGGAACAACGAGUCUCGGAGACAUCGUUCACGGCCACGGCUAUGGUCAUUUCCAAGGCUGCCGCUAAAGUGCGGGGAGACUCGGCACAGUCCUCCGUGGAUCCAGCUGCUCUCGAGGAGACCCGGCCUCAGACGCCCAGCGCACCAAGUCCGCGCAGUCCGGGCAAGAAGGGCCCAAAGUUGGAGGCUCCUGCGACCACAGCGUCCAUGGCCAGUUCGCAGGAGACUUUGGGAUGCUAUGCCAUGAGACUGGCCUCGGACAACGAGAACAGCUGCACCAAGUUCUUGAAGUACCUGCUGGACCGCUUCGGUUCACUGGCAGCGGCCUGGGAUGCGAUGGAGCCAGCCGAAGUUGGUGAAAUCCGCAAGAGCGACUUCGAGUUUGUAGUCUGCUUCAAGCUUGGCUACUGCAGGAAUACAGAUGCCCGGCGCCUCUUCGAGGCUCUUCCUAAAAAGGACUCCCAUCGCCUUACCUGGCGGGACCUGGGCUUGAAGCCUGAGGAAUGGCUGGCCUUCCUCACGCAGAAGAAGUGGGAGAAGUCGCUGCUGAUGGUGGAGGAGAUGAAGAAAGGUGACGGUGACGGUGCUCGGCUGGCCUUGGAGAGGCACUACCAUCGAGCCAAGCUUCACGGCCAUCAACUGCAGCUGGAGUUUGGCGAGACGCCCUUGAAGCGCCACCAGAACGACGAGCUGCCCAAGUGGUGUCGCCCAAGGUCUGCGAGAACUCGUUUGCAGCGGGGCGCAGGCACCGCGCUUGCCGCAUAG